AUGCCUACGAGGAUGGAUUAUCUGCCAUUUAUUGACGACGAUUCGAAUAACGAAAGGUAUAGAGAUGAAGUUGAGAAUAUGAUUGAAAAAGAACUGCGCCCUGAGAGUGGCUUGCACCCUGAAGCUGCGAAAUUGAAGAUCCAACUACGUGAAAACCCAUUAGACAACAUAUCACUGAAAGAGUAUCGAGACCAAGUACCCAGAAUUGAUAUCACCAGAUACGCAGUGAAUGACAAUACAAACCCUGAAACACUAUGCGUGAUCGAUAGUUACCUGCGACACCAAGAACUGACAUUGCAACUGUUGCCCCAGACACUGGUAAACCAAUGGGCAAUCAAUAACGACUAUCUCAAUGCCAGCGAGGAGUCCUUACAGCAGAUUAUCACAAAUCAAGAGAAUCAAAUUCAAACCUUAAACCAGUAUAGAGCCAACAUGCAAACACAGACAAAGCCCAUAUUCAGUGAUCUCGAGCAGAGAUGGAAAGACUCAUUGAUUAAUAGACUUGAUUCCUUGGAUUAA